GCAGGCGGCGUGGGCCGAAGCCGGACGCAGGCAGGGCGGAAGCAGGCCGGGACGGCUGGGUGGCUGGAGCGCCGGGCGGGCUUUUAAAGGGACAGUCUCCACCCGGGCCUUUUCUCCCGCGGGGACUGCUGAUGGUGACGGCUGGGUGGCCCUGGGGGUCGGGAUAGAGGAGGUAAAGAAGAAGCAGGGAUGUAUGACCGCCCCGUCCCGGAGCCAUGACCAGACCAGCCGCCCCGGGCUCAGUGAUAGUCCCAGACUGGCACGAGAGCGCCGAGGGCAAGGAGUACCUGGCCUGCAUCCUGCGCAAGAACCGCCGGCGGGUGUUUGGGCUGCUCGAGCGACCAGUUCUGCCCCCCCCUGUGGCCAUCGACACUGCCAGCUACAAGAUCUUUGUGUCUGGGAAGAGUGGCGUGGGCAAGACAGCACUGGUGGCCAAGCUGGCUGGCCUGGAGGUGCCCGUGGUGCAUCAUGAGACCACUGGCAUCCAGACCACCGUGGUAUUUUGGCCAGCCAAGCUGCAGGCCAGCGACCGUGUCGUCAUGUUCCGCUUUGAGUUCUGGGACUGUGGGGAGUCUGCGCUCAAAAAGUUCGACCACAUGUUGCCGGCUUGCAAGGAUAAAACGGAUGCUUUCCUCUUCCUCUUCUCCUUCACUGACCGUGCCUCCUUUGAAGACCUCCCUGGACAGCUGGCCCGAGUAGCAGGCGAGGCCCCUGGUGUGGUCAGGAUGGUCAUUGGCUCCAAAUUUGACCAGUACAUGCACACAGACGUGCCUGAGCGUGACCUCACAGCCUUCCGGCAAGCCUGGGAGCUGCCCCUCCUGCGGGUGAAGAGUGUGCCAGGGCGGCGGCUGGCAGAUGGACACACGCUGGAUGGGCGAGCUGGGCUGGCCGACAUGGCCCACGUGCUCAACAGCCUGGCGGAGCAGCUGUGGCACCAGGACCAGGUGGCAGCUGGCCUGCUCCCCACCUCCCCAGAGGACACCCCCAGCUGAGAGGUGAUGGCAUUGUGAAUGGGCACUCCUAACCCUCAGGUGACCUAGGGCCAGACCCAGGGCCCAAGGCUGGGGCAGGAAUGUUGAUCUCAUCCCGAGGACUGGCCAGAAGGGCCUGGUCAAGGAGGAUGGGGUCCUGAAGGCUCCUGCCCCAGCAGCACUUACCUUGCGGAAGUCAUAGCAGGGGGCACAAAGCAUCUGACCUAGAUGUCCUCUGGCUUUCUCCCUCUGCCCUACAAGUCUGGGCUCUUGGAAAAUGACGAACUGAAUGGGCAGGGCCUGAGGGCUCAAAUGUCUCCCCCAACCUCCCGCUGCCCUCCCGCUUUUGCAGCAUCUGUGGAGGGAGAGGUGAUGCCUCUGCUGGGCCCUAGACAUUAAGUGACUUCAAUCAACAGUUUGUGUACUGGAGGGAGGGUAUAGCUCAGUGGUGGAGUGCAUGCCUAGCAUGCACGACGUCCUGGGUUCAAUUCCCAGUACCUCCUUUUAAAAAAAUAAGCAAAUAAAUAAACCUCACUCCCUUAAGAAAAAACAAACAAAAAAACAGCCUGUAUUAGUUGAGGAACACUAUCUGCUGCUCCAGAUAAAUCCUUAACUCUCAAUAGCUUAACCUUGUAGUUUUUUCUUCCUUAUGUCUCACCUCAGGUGGAGGUUAAGGUGGGUAUGGGGGCUCUGCGCCAACCACUCAUUCAGAGACCCAGGCUCUGAGAUCUUCAACACAUGGAUUCACCCUGGGGCAUCAAUAUCCAGUCAGCAAACUGGGAAUGAGUACAGGUCACUCUGCAGGUUUCUGUGGACCUGGUGUAGGGUGCUUUGCCUCAUUGCUGCCCACAUUCCAUUGGCCAGCACCUAGUCACAUGAUCACACAGCUGCAGGCGAUGCUGGGAAAUGUAGUCUACUUGUGUCCAGGGGGUGAACCCCUCAGUCUGUAGUGCCUUUCUUGACUAUGAAGCUGUCAGACUAGGCUUAAGACAGGGGCCCUGCUAGCCUGGGGGUAUCAGAAAGCAUCACUGGGCAGGGCCAGGGACUGGGCCAGGUUGGGAUCGGGGCGUGAGUUGGCCUGACAGGCAGCUCAGCCCUGCAGGAGGCCAGCAAGAACAGGAGCAGGCGGGUGAGUCAACUUGUGUCCCUGUCCCAUUAGCCAGACACUGGUGAAGGCAGGCUAAUGGGGGUGGGGGGAGACAUGGGGUAUAAACAGGGCAUUUAUACUUUCACUCCCCAAUGACACCGUAUCCAGUUCCAUAGAUGGACCCCUGGGUAGAGGGCUGGCCUGAGUCUGGCCCACCUGGAAGGGCCCUGGAUGCCAAGGUCAGCCAUCUGAUCCUCAGAGCCCCCUCUUGAGAAAGCAGCUCCCGUAGCUCUGCACACUCCACACUCACAUGCAUGAUCAUGUGUCCACACACCCCAGCACUUAUCCUAAAAUGCUGCCCCACUCCUCCAUCCUGGCACACAUGGGAGGCUCCCCGUGCCAUCUCUGGCUCAUGCUCCUGAGUGUGCUGAUGGCCUACAUGGCACUUCAUGCCAGUCUGUCCACACUGGGCACUGCCCGCAGGCUUGUGAACCCUUCUAGGGCCUAAAGGAUUGAUUAAAACCUUCUUACCUCCAGCUCAGGUUCAGAGCUGAGGCCUGAGCUUACCCCAUACCCCAGAAAAGGAAUAUUGCUGGGCAGGAUCCCACGCCUCACAGCUUGCACAGCCCAUAGGCUGGCUCCCGCUCUCAGGUCACAGAGUGUCGCACUGCUGCCUUCAGCUCUGCUUUGGCCCAUUUUCCUCUGUUCUUAGCUCCAGUAGUCCUUACCCAACCAGGCAGAGCAAGGUGGGACCCAGCGAAGGUAUCCUCAGGGCCUGGAUGUGACUUUCCAGCUAUGAACACCCGUGUUGUGGGCACCAGCUGGGGCACUAGUUACCCCACAUCCUAGUCAGUUAUCUCUGGCCUUAAAGCUUCAGCAUCUUUCUUGGGCACUGGCUUAGCCAAGAGCCAGAGUUUACUCUGUGGAAAUAACCCAGAUCCUCCCCAAGGCAGAGCAGGGCAGUUUUCUCCCAGUUAGCACUGCUCCAGUCCGAGAACCAACCCCUCACCCACCUUCACUCCAGACCAAGAGGGGAACGAUUCCCUUCUCCCCGAGUAAGAACAAAGUGGGGACCACACUGACGAUGGGCCUUGGAGCCAGCCACCUGCCACCCAAGCACUGCUUUCGCAACCCCUCCAUGCCCAGGCCCAGUGCCACUUUCUUUUUUUCUUUUUUUUUUUUUUAAAUUGAAGUAUAGUUGAUUUAUAAUGUUGUGUUUGUUUCAGGUGUACAGUCCAGAACUGGACUGUGCUGGUGCCCUAAUCUUGGACUUCCCAGCCUCCAGAGCUGUGUGAAAGAAAUUUCUGUUGUUUAUAAACCUA